AUGCUUGAUUCGAUUCCUCGUGCGGUAAGGCAAGUGGCUUUACCAGAAUCCGACUGUAAGAACCUCUUUUUAUGUUCUUUAACUUCUAAAAGCAUCCUCGAGGUCAUCCCUAUUGAUGCUCUUGCGGCUCUUUCCGAGGCAGAGGCAUCAGAAAAGGUGGAGGAUGUUUCUGCAGCGGAGGCUGGCUUGACUAGCCAGCAGGGUGAGGACGUCAAAAUCAGCCCGCCCAGAGAGAAGACGCAAGAUGAGGAAUGGAAAUUGGUUUACGAUUUGAUGCGCGCAGACAAGCGUGGAAUUUUUUUUCUGCGUGAACACGUGUCCCGCUUUAUGGAGAGUCUUGAGACGGUAUCCCCGUACCCUUUGCCAUCCUACGCGCGCGAUUUCAUCCAAUCGUGCUUGCAAGAGUAUGCGACCGUCCCGAACGGGGGUCACAAUCCAAAUCUAUCGCAGGAAAACGCGACUUUCGAGGAGGAUCAAAACCUGAAGGUUGUUAUGUGGCUUAAGCCUGGGGCUUGUAGCGCUGACUGCGCGUGCCCGCCUGGAGAAAAGCCGGACCAAUUGUUGUUCAUCAUAUAUUUCAUCAAGUCCUUUUUCCCGCCACCGGAGUGGUACGUGGAAGGCACCCAGUUCGCGCUUCUCUUCAACGCCCGUCGCCAAAAUCCUCGCUUGAAGGUCAUGCAACCACAAUUAAUCCAUCGCGUGAAGCAGCUAAGGGAAAGGAGCGGGGCCUUUGAAGUCAUGCUGGUUCAUGAUGAGACGAACAAUUUCCUGGUUCCAGAGAGCUCUCGAUCUAAUUAUCUACUAAUUAGUGAAUCGGGAAAGAUUCUAUGCUCUGAAAAGGAUCAUAUUCUAAUGGGUGUUACCUUGAUUGCAACUAACCGGGCUGCUGUACGUGCGGGAUUGAGUCCGAUUGAACAUCGUAAUCUGACGCUGAAGGAUGUUUGUAGCUCGUAUUCCUUGGUUAUGCUUGGAACGAGUCCUGGGGUUCUUCCUGUACGGGAGUUAUUGCUUUUCUACGAUGCGGAAUCUAAGGCGAAUUUCUGUGCUGCAGCUAUAUUUCUCGGCAUUGAAUUUGAGCGAAUGAAAAAUUUUAAAACUAUCUCGUCUGAUCCCCCAAGGGCCGUGAUAGAGUUUGCCGUCCAAAGUAAUGUGAUUGAUCGACUGAUGAACGCUUAUGAAGAGGAAAAAUUUUUGUAA